AAUACAGAGUAGUGUGCAGUAAUCAGAAGAAUAUUUUGGCUUAUUUUAUGGUACAUUUUAGGUUGAAAAUUAAAUUUCAGUAAUUUAUUUUCGUAUCAAUUAUACUUACAGUAAUUGUGAAUGAGUUUUAACGACAGAACCAUGUGUGAUAAUGUGAAUAACAAUCCAUUUGCUGGAUUGUUUUCAACUAUCAACGAUGCCGUGUCAUUCUCCUCUCAGAAUCAGGCGAUUAUCAAUGAAACUAAUAGAAUUAAUUUUGUUGUGCAAUUUGAAGAAAAAGAUGUUGAUGAUGUUACGAAAACUACAAAUUUUCAAGAUUCUAAAGAUUUUAGUAUCGACAAUCAGGUUAACCAUCUGCUUGGCGAUAUAUUUGGUAUAACAUUACACGAAACAGAAGUAAAUGAACAUCAAAAACGUAGACUAGUUUUCAUUAAUGUCGAUUCGAUUGAACAAGCAGUUUUUGAACGAUUAAUGUUAUCUGAUAUUGAAUCCAAAUUAAUACCUACUAAAAAUUCUCAAGAAAUUGUUAGUGAUUCUCAUACUACAGAGAAAGAAGUAAUACUUUAUUUGUUUGAAAGUUAUUGUCGAUUACAACAAUAUCAAAAUAAAGAAGAAUUUUCUCAUAUCCUCUUCAAAAUAAGUCAAAUUAUAUUACAAAACGCAAGUGUUGCAUUACAAGAGCCAGAAUUGUUUGAAGAACAAGAGAUUCAUGAUCAGCUUAUUGUAUUAUGUAUGAAUGUAACUGAGCCUAAACCAGAAUUUAUAUUAUUUAUCAAUGGUAUUGUUUCAAAAUUACAAACUGAAAAUGAAAAAAAUGCUACAGAUGCAAUAGCUGUAUCUUUUACUCCUGUUCUUGAUAUAAUUCAUAAAGAAGCAGCACAAAGUAAUCUUGUCCAUUUCCGUCCAUAUUGGUUUACUAUAUUAAAUAUUUUUUCUUCGAUAGAACCAUUAGCAAAAUUAAUAAUUGAUCAUAGUACCCCCAAAAGUAGUCAAGGUCAAGCAUAUGCAGAUACAUUAUUGGGUGCACUUUUUAGUUUGAGCUGCCUACCAAAAAAUGAAGAAGAGCCAUUUGAUUUUUUUCAGAAGCCAUUGCAACAGUUUUCAGCAAUUUCUGAAGGAGAUAUUUGGAUAGCCUUAGAUAAAUUAACCGAAUCAUUACAGAAAGUUUUUCAUUUAUUAUUAAAGUGUUCACCCGAAGUUCAACAUUUAACUUUACAGUGGAUAGGCAAUUGUCUACACUCUAAUGCAAAUAGAGGAAAAAUUUGGAAUCCUCAAAAUGAUUUGAAUUUUACCUCAAUGCUGUGUGUUUCUGAUGGUUUUAUGCUAAAUUUAGGGAAUAUGCUAUUGCGUCUUUGUCAACCAUUUUGUAUUAAAGAAAAUAAUUCUAAGGUACCUAAAAUUGAUCCAACAUACUGUGCUGUGGAUGUUAAUGAUCAGGAUGAUUGUGUAAAUCCAAUUGUACAUUUAAAAGGAAUGUCCUCAGAAACUUGCUUAAUACCAACAUCAGAGGGUAUUUCCAGGCCAGUUGCAAAAACAUUUGGUUUUAUUACUGAAUGCUUCUUUUUAACUCACAGAGCAUUGGACCUUGGAUAUAGAGUAGUAUCAGACAAACUUUUAAGAACAAACCAAAGUUUGGUAACAAUCCAAAGAAUAUAUCAGAAUGCACAAAAUGAUGGUAGAUCAGAAGCAUCUAAAAUAAUAAUUCAACGUAUGGAAGGAAAAAUGCAAAAGUAUUUAUCAUUAAGAGCAAGCCUUUUUGCACCAGAGAUGUUAGAACUGUUAGCAAAGUUUCAUGCAACAACAGCAUUUUGGUUAGUGCAAGUAUAUUUGAAUGAUGUAAAAAUUGGAGGAAAGGAAAAUGAUUACAUUCCAAAGGAAUGUAAAGUUGUGACGUUUCCUUUGCCAGAAACUGUUCCAGAUACUUUAAGAUGCAUUCCUGAAUUCGUAGUAGAAAAUACCAUUAGAUUUUUGUAUUUAUUACGUCGUCUAGAUACAAGGGUUUUUGAACAAGAAGGGUUAUCUUUUUUGACGCCUGUGCUAACAGAGAUCAUAGUAUUAAUGGAAUCUCAACAACGUUUAUAUAAUCCUCAUUUACGUGCCCGUCUGGCAGAAGGCUUAGAAGCUCUUUUACCUACAAGUGAUGAAACUAUGAACUCUGACACAUCAACAAUAAGCUCAUAUGCAUUCUAUAGGAAGCAAUUAUUUAUUAUCCAUCCUUAUAGGCAAUAUAUUGUUCCAAAUUUACUUAAAGUAUUUGUGAGCAUUGAGAUGACUGGACAAAGUGUACAAUUUGAACAAAAGUUUAAUUAUCGGAGACCAAUGUAUGUUGUCAUGGAAUACUUGUGGAAAUUACCAGGACAUCGUAAUAAUUUUAUUUCUUUAGCGCAAGAAGCAGAAGCUAAUAUGGAAGCAGCUCAGCCGCCAUUAUUUUUGCGUUUUAUAAAUCUUUUAAUGAAUGAUGCAGUAUUUCUGUUAGAUGAAGCUCUUUCAAGUAUGGCUCAAUUAAAACAAUUAAUUCAAGCAAGAGAAAGUGGAGAAUGGGAUAAGCUACCACAACAUGAACGUGAUCAACAGGCUCGUUAUCUGCUACAUCUAGGAAUGAUUGCGCGAUUUGAUAAUAUAUUAGGCAGAAAAACUAUAUAUACAUUAAAAAUGUUAACUACAGAAAUAAAAUCCAUUUUUUGCCAUCCAACAAUGGUGGAUCGCAUUGCUUUAAUGCUUAAUUAUUUGUUGCUUCAGUUGGUUGGGCCAAAUAAAAAAAAUCUGAAGGUUAAUGAUCAAGAAGAAUAUGCAUUCAAUCCAGCAAUUUUAGUAUUAAAUAUAUGCGAAAUUUAUAUAAACCUUAGUCAAAGUGAAUCUUUUACACUUGCUGUUUCACAAGAUGGUCGUUCAUACAGCCCAGAACUUUUUAAAUUAGCUGAUAAUGUUCUUGUUCGAAUCAGAGCUGUGGGUAUAUUAAGUGAUUUGGAUCAAUUUGCAAGAAAUGUAGAAAUAGCUGCAAGCCAUAAAAAAGAAGAAGACGAAAUUUUGGUCAACGCACCCGAUGAAUUUUUUGAUCCAAUUAUGUCCACCUUAAUGACAGAUCCUGUCAUUCUUCCAUCAUCAAGAAAAACUAUUGAUCGUCAAACCAUUGCAAGGCACUUAUUAAGCGAUCAAACCGAUCCAUUCAAUCGAUCUCCACUUACCAUGGAUAUGGUGGAACCAAAUGUUGAACUACAACAUAGAAUACAAGAAUGGAUUCAACAAAAAAAGUAAAAUAAAGCGAGAAAUUGCCAUUGAUUACCAAAGAAUAAAACAGUCGAUAAACUAUAAUAUACAGAGUAUGAUUUUCAUAAAUUUAUUACUUAAAUUUAAAUUUGCUAUUGAGAAUUUAAUUCUUAUAAUUGCAGCUGAUGAAUAUAGUAAAAUAUGAUCAAUGGUAAAGCCGAUAUUUUAUAUUCUUUGAUUUAAAUUUUAUCGUUUUAUAACUUACAAAAAGAUCUAUGUAUAUACAUAUACAAAUUCUACACAUAAGCGCGCGCGUGCGCACACACACCCACACACGCAUACACACACCCACACACGCACGCAUACACACACCCACACACGCACGCACACACACAGAGUCACAUUUUUUGUAUCAAGUCCUGCAUAUACGUACAGUAGUAGUACAUAUAAUAAUGUAGUGUCUUGUAGUAGUACAUAUAAUAAUGUAGGCAUAAAGCUAAACAUUAUUAUUACUGUAUAAUAAGUGUAAAAAGUACUUGUUAUGAAGUUUUAUCUGUGUAAGUGUUGUAGACGAGUGUGAAAUAAAGUUAAUUUCUUCCAUUCAAAUA